UGAAACUCUCGCUGUUUCAGUUUCGGAGCGCUCCUGCAAGUGAUUCUAUUGGCGAAGCAAUUUCAAGAAGCAAGUUCAUAUGCUUUCGGGCGCAAGGUCUAAAGACUGUACCCACAGGGUUGCAACAUCCACAACCACAAACGGCCUUCAACUCCUGAAUUUUGGCUUUAGCCUCUCAAGGCGCAUGCAUCAAAUGCUGGGCGCCCGGAGCUCCAUGCGACCCCUAUUCGGUCAACGUAGCGCUGCUAGGGCCGUGCAUACAAAUGCUGGCCCGGGAGCUGACUUCCGGCCCCUGGCUCGUCGCACGCUGCUGGGCGCGGGUGUUGCCACCACACUGGUUUCGGUGCCAAUGGGACCCUCCGCCGCGGAGAGCUCCGGAGGACCCGGCAGCGCCCCAGCGGGAGGCGUGGCUGUCGACAUUGAGCAUCGGCAAGGCGAGGUUCGUUUGAGCGAAGAAGAGUGGCGAACCCGCCUGAGUCCUGAGCAGUACCGGGUGUUGCGGCAAGAGGCAACGGAGCGAAGAUGGACCAGUCCGUUCAACUAUGAGAAACGACCAGGUGUGUUCAAGUGCGCCGGCUGCGGUGCUCUGCUGUUUAACGCAAGUGCCAAGUUCGAGUCAGGGACCGGUUGGCCGUCAUUCUUCCAGCCCUUACCAGGAGCUGUCACAGAGGUGCCCGAUUACUCCAUCAUAUUUGCGCCUCGAACGGAGGUCCGCUGCCGCCGCUGCCAGGGCCAUCUGGGUCAUGUCUUUAACGACGGUCCCGCGCCCACGGGGCUGCGAUACUGCAUGAACGGCCUGGCGCUGCAGUUCGAGCCCAGUGACGAGGCGCGAAAGGAGGCGUGAUGAUGCGAUAGGAGUGGUGUAGUGGAGUGACGGGUGUUUGGAGCGCAUGCAGAGUUGGAGCGAGAGCUUGAUAGGGAGCAUAACUGUAUCUGGUGCUGGGGCCGGAGAUUGGAGGGUGGCAUGUAGCUUGUGGUCGUGAUUAAUAAUUCAUGGUUCUGGUUAGUGGUUGGUAAGCGGGAGGGAGAGAAAGAGAGAUUAAAUGAGUCGCAGUUGGCUGCACAGUCUCAGACCGGCAUCAAGGUGCAGAGAGGCGUAGGGACAGGACGCAGAGGGGAAGAGGACAGAGCUGGCUGACACCGUGCACGUACAGUAUUGAAGCUGUACGGGUUCGAUACUGUACGUU